UGAGGCUUGGCGAAAGUUAGUCAGGCGUACGGUGUGAACCAGAGAACAUAUAUAUAAAUACACGUGUUAUGUUUGUUGUACGUGCGCUAAUACACGUGCACUAAUAUACGUGCACUAAUAUACCUGCACUAAUAUACCUGCACUAAUAUACGUGUACUAAUAUAGCAUCGACGUACAAUCGAGUUUGCUGUAUACACUGCAUGCUCGUGACAGUACGGUCGAGUCAUGCUGGCGUAAUGCUGCGCAGAACAACAACGACGACGUCUGAACAGUGAAUCGCUCCUAUGAGUUCGAUGACGAAUUCAUUGACUUACCACUAGCAGUGAAGGAGAUCGCACGCGCGUGUGUGUACUGUGUGCUGCGUUACAUCGAGCAAUAUCCUCUUCAAUCUCUGAAAUAAUACGCAACACCGCCGUAUUCCGAUGUGUUGUAGCUCGUGUGACACCUCGUAGAGAAACUGCAGGUGGUUUGACACUCUUUGUUCUUGGAGCGAACACUCGGGAUAUCUUCAAGGACAGAAUAUAUAUUUAUUUUCGUCGCUGUUGAGCGUGGGUAUCGGAAAGAAAUGGCAUGCGGACAUUUGCUGCCAGCCAGUGCUACCCACUUUCUGGUGAUGGCACUUAUGGUAUGUAGGGCAGCGACAGUACAAGGUGUGCAGCCGUCAGGUGUGCAUUCACCAGGUGUGCAGCCUCCAGGUGUGCAUUUUACAGAUGUGAAUCCACCACAUGUGCAUCCGUCAGAUGUGCAUCCACCAAGUGUGCAGCCUACAGGCAUGCGUCUGCCCGCCCCGCCGCACGAGGACGGCUACUGUCGCCUCAUGGAGUUGGGAUACGUCGACUACGCGACGUACAUCGACCAGGCGUUCACGCGCUGCUACACGCACGUCUACUGGAGCGAGAACGCCGUGUUCACGACCUGGUGGAACAGUAAUUGUAACCGGUGGCUACGGCUUCGCCACCUGGAAGUCGCCACACUCUGA